AUGGCUUCUGCCAACGUCAGGAAUGGGUUUCCCAAGGAUGUGCCGGCCUACGGAAACUGGCCUGGCCAGUAUCUUCUUCUCAGCUAUGGCGACAGGGUCCGCAUCAUCGCCCACGCAAUGACUUAUGACCAGCUCAUCAGCAUGAUCCGUCGCGGAUUUGGCAUUGGCCGAUACGACAAUCUGACCCUACUUUUCAAGCAUAUGAUGCCCCAGGGCAAUACCAUCGAGGCCGAGCUGGAUGAGUCCGCCUACUAUCUUAUCAAGAACCAGUCCGAGAUUCGCUGCGUCGAUACGCUUCAGUACCUCAACACGAAGCGCCAGGCUCCCCAGGUACCUCUUGCGGGUUACACUCAGCCGAACGUUUAUCCCAGGUACAGUUCUGGGUACGACAGAUUGUUCGCACCUUUUUCGACUGCGCCCUCGAAUCCAUAUGUGGUGCUUAUGCCCGCCCCUUCAAUGCAGCACCAGCAUGUUCCCCAGAUCACUGGAGUGACGGCCACCGGUGAAAAGAGCAAUGCUUUCGGUGGUGUUGCUGGCCAGCCUACGAGCACCGGAGCUGCCACAGCUGCCCAAGUUUCCCAGCCGGCCCCUGUCAACGAGCCCGAGAGAGAUCCCAGAACUGAUCUUCCAAAGGGCUGGCUUAUGUUUUCUGACGACGAGCUGCCCAGAGACUCAACUGUGAAGCUGGGUAACAACCUUUUCGGUAAGAAGGCCAUCAACACUGCCGCGACAGAGGGACCCAACCAGACCAAGAAUUCCAUCAUCCAUCCCAAUCUGUGGAGGCCCGUCAUCACGUCCGAGAAGCAAACCGAGGCGCCCCAAGACAAAGGGAAGGGGGUCAUGAAGAAGGAAUCAGCUGGGGAAUCUUCCAAAGAAAAGAAAGCCACAGGGUGGUGCGAAGUCACUGCUACUUACACUGCCAUGAAGUCUGCUUUGGCGUCACGCUCUACACCCGUGGAUCGCCGUCUCGUUCACGAUUAUCUGGUCGCAAGCACCUAUAUGAAUGGCGGCAAGGAGCCGCUCUGCGAGCCCGAGAGAAAGUUUCUCCUGAGCGUAUUCGGCCGUUGCUAUGCAACGAAACCAAUCAAGUACCUCGCGGAUCUCCGCCACGACAGUGAGAUCUUGGAGAUCCUGCUCAGUCAUACCCCUGGUUGCAAUAUGAGGUGCGCGGCAGAUGUCAGGGACAAGUGCACCUGCGGCGGACCUCAGGGGCCCAAAGAGUGCUGUGAAGAGAGGCUCAAACCCUCCACGAUCGGAAACAUUUUGGAAUGUGCAAAGAGUCGCCUCAGGGAUGCUCUGGACCGCACUGGCAUCGUCUCGCAGCGCGACAUCAAGGGCGAGACGUUUUACUUUCACCAUGAGAAAUGUGUCCAGAGCAUGUGCAUCUGUACCAUCUUCGCAACUCUGGCGCAGCAUGAACCUAUUUGUCUGAUGAGAAGUCGCCUCGAUGUCGAGAUGGUCUGUGACUGUGACCGCAACACCAAGCGCAGUCAACUUCCGAAAUCUCAAGACACAAAGUUGAUCCAGACCACACUUGGGUGGGUUGGUGAUCUUGGGGAGGUUGAUGGUGAGACCUGUGCCCAGGAAAUUUUCCGUCGGAAACAUAUUGACAGCCUCGUGCGCAACUUUCACGAGCUCACUUGUAGUCCGCUCAAGGAUGAGAAUUGCGGUGACUGCUCAGUGUUCCGGAUCCUGCUGGGACAUCACUGGGAUUGUCCCAUGAGGCUAAAAGUGGACCUCGGCGAUGAGUGCCAAUGCGACCGGCUUCGGCGGGAGGACGAUGAAUAUCUGGAAGGCGAUGAUGAGGUGGGCAGUAUCAAGUGGGUUACCGAUGGUCUGCACGAAGCAGCGAAACUGUACCGCGGCAACAACCUCACCAGGGAGGAAUGGAAGGAGGCCAUAACGGACUUUCACAAUGAGUGGUGCCACGGCUGGUGCUGCUGCAUGCGUCUGAGGGAUAUUGCCGAGCAUGAUCCUGACUGCGGGGGAGUUCAGGAUACAUUCGAGGAUUGGAAACUUUGCAGCUGCAAGAAGAGUCUUAACCCUCGCGGCACUUCUGACGUUGCAGAAGAGGCCAUUCAUGUCGAGGCUUCUACCAAAGUCAAGGAGUCUGGUGUUGAUGACGAGAGCGACAAUGGCGAGGAGUGGACACCCACCACCAGUGUGGUUGACGAAGAUGAUGACGAUCUGCCCGAUCUCAUCCCUCACCUUGGUUCUGAUACCGGAGGCUGGAAGUUUCCAGGUUGGUGUGAACCCCUGUUGGAGGAACGUACGCGCAGUUUUGAGGCGCCAGAGCACCUCAGCAAGCAGCUGACAUCGAAGCAAAAUUGGCUUCGCAAUAUGACAGACAAGAAGCCAACGGAGGAGAGGGAUAUCAAUCUCGAGGAGCUGACCGCUACGAACAGGCAAGGACUGAGCAUGGACGAGACGACGGAAUUGAUUGCUAAACAAGUCGACAGAUUGAAUCAAGCCAGUUACAGGUACUGGGAAUCUAAGAAGGCGAAGCUCGAGGAUGAUUCGGUGAAGGAGAGUUUGCAGACCUCUGAGAGGGAGCACGGGAGCAACGACAAUGAGUCGAACGCAACAGCGUCUUCCCGGGUUUCCGUCCAAAUGCCUGAGGCGAACCCGGGUGCUUCCAGCUCCAGGGCUAGCCACAGGGCCACUGUGGAGGACUUCCCUGAGAUGCCCUCGGACAUCGCUACUGGGGGUGGCUUUGAUUCGGCGAAGAAGACUCACUCAGCCUUUGGCCAGCCAGACCUGUGA